GCUGUUUAGUAUUUCUGUAUUGGAGAGCGUGUUGAUUUGUAGCAGUUCUGUUUGUUUCAGUUCCAAGUUUGAUUUUUAUUUUUCCUUCUCUAGUAUCUCUACGUUGCUAAGACACUGGACGCUGCAGUCUUUAUAGCAAGGAAAAUCUGAAUUCCUCCAACGCUCAGGAUGGGGAAAGAUUAUUAUUCUAUCCUGGGAAUUGAAAAAGGGGCUUCUGAAGAGGAUAUAAAAAAGGCUUACAGAAAACAAGCGCUUAAAUGGCAUCCCGAUAAGAACAAAUCUCCCCACGCAGAGGAAAAAUUCAAAGAGAUUGCAGAAGCUUAUGAAGUGCUGAGUGAUCCCAAAAAGAGAGACAUUUACGAUCAGUUUGGGGAGGAAGGUCUGAAAGGAGGAGCUGGAGGACCUGAUGGACAGGGUGGCACCUUCCGGUACUCCUUCCAUGGUGACCCACAUGCUACGUUUGCAGCUUUCUUUGGUGGCACAAAUCCUUUUGAGAUCUUCUUUGGAAGGAGGAUGCCUGGUGGCAGAGACACUGAAGACAUGGAGGUGGAUGGUGAUCCGUUUGGAUCCUUCACUAGUUUUAGUAUGAAUGGUUUUCCAAGGGAAAGGAAUACAGUUGGUAGCCAGUUACGUCGUAAACAGGAUCCCCCUGUAAUCCAUGAACUUAAGGUGUCAUUGGAAGAGAUCUAUCAUGGCUGCACAAAAAGGAUGAGGAUUUCACGUAAAAGGCUUAACCCAGAUGGUAGAAGUGUCCGAACAGAGGACAAAAUUCUUACUAUUGAGAUAAAAAGAGGAUGGAAAGAAGGCACCAAAAUCACUUUUCCAAAAGAAGGCGAUGAAACACCCAACACAAUUCCAGCUGAUAUUGUUUUUAUCAUUAAAGAUAAACCUCACUCUCACUUCAAGAGGGACGGGUCAAAUAUUGUCUAUCCUGUUAAGAUCAGCUUAAGGGAGGCUUUGUGUGGCAGCUCUAUCAAUGUUCCAACGAUAGAAGGAAGAACCAUACCCAUGACAGUAAAUGAAGUUGUAAAGCCUGGGAUGAGAAGAAGAAUUAUAGGAUACGGUUUGCCGUUUCCCAAAAAUCCUGACCAACGUGGAGACUUAAUUAUAGAAUUUGAAGUAGUUUUCCCAGAUAACAUCUCUCCAGCAUCAAAAGAAGUACUUAGGCGAAAUCUUCCAGUUUCAUAAAACGAAGACUGUAUGUCAACCCUUUGUAUAGGACACUGGAAAUGCAGAAGACUGGCAAGUCUGUGCUUUAAAAGUGCAAUCUGUAACAACUAGUGGAAUAUUUGGUUUUUUUUUUGUUCCGUGGGAUGGGUGGGGGGAAUACUGUAAUGCUGCA